GGAAGUGGGAAUUUCUGCCCUGAUUUAAGAUGGCGGCGCGCGUCUUUUUCCUCCGGUCACGUGACGAGUGCAGCCGCUGGUGCUGAGGUGGCGGCGCAGUGAGUGCGGGGUCGGGAGCCGAGGGACAGGCUGAGGAAUCAAGUGAGAAGAUGAGGAGAGUUCAUAUAACUGUGAUCCUAUUGGCUGCCGUCAUCUUCCUGCUGGUUCUGCACCACAAUAUCCUGGGCCUCAGCGACAUCCUGAAGAGACAAAACUCAGACACUGGCCCCUUAGUCUUCCAGCGACUUGAAUCCCUUCCUGAUGCCCCUGACAUUGGCCCAGAACAUGGACACGGGGAGGAGAUUGCUGUGGUGAUUCCAGGGGUGGAGGAACGACUUGGAGGCCUCAUUGCCACCAUUAACAGUAUCUCCAGCAACACCAAAUCUAAUGUUGUCUUCUAUAUCAUCACUACCAAUGACACCAAGAAACACAUCAGUUCUUGGCUGGAUGGCACUGACCUGAAACGAGUGGCGUAUAAGCUGCUGACAUUUGAUGCCCGUGUUCUUGAUGGGAAAGUGCGGGUCGAUGCCGGGGCGGAGCCAGUGAAACCAAUGACAUUUGCCCGGUUCUACCUGCCCAGUUUGCUGCCUGGAGCCAAAAAAGUCAUUUACUUGGAUGAUGAUGUUAUUGUACAAGAUGACAUUGUGCAACUGUACAACACCCCAAUCAGCCCCGGCCAUGCGGCUGCCUUCUCUGAGGAUUGUGACUCCGUCACCUCCAAAUUCCCCGUCAGAGGGGGCGCUAAUCAGUACAAUUACAUUGGCUUCCUGGACUACAAGAAGGAGCGGAUCCGGAGCCUGGGAAUAAAGGCCAACACCUGCUCCUUCAACCCGGGGGUCUUUGUGGCCAACCUGACCGAGUGGCGGCGGCAGAACAUCACCCGCCAGUUAGAGAAGUGGAUGGAGCUGGAUGUGACUGAGGAACUUUACAGCAAGUCAUUGUCCGGCAACAUCGCUGCACCCCCCCUCCUCAUUGUCUUCUACAGACUGUACUCCAACAUUAACCCUCUGUGGCACGUCCGACACCUGGGUUCAAGUACAGGAAAACGUUACUCGCCGCAGUUUGUGAAAGCCGCUAAACUUCUCCAUUGGAACGGACAUUUUAAACCUUGGGGCAGAACAUCUUCGUUCCCUGAGAUUUGGGAGAAGUGGUUCCUGCCAGACCCCUCGGGGCAGUUCUCACUAAUCAGGAGACACGGAGAGUGAUGAGUCUGCGACUCCCGGACGUCGGUGGAACUCAGGGAAGAGACAGACGGGGGACGAUCACUUGUUCCUAUUGUGACAUUGGGGGGGGGGUCUCAUUGUUCCUGUGGGGGCCAAGGCCUCGCACCCCUAUAAACUGCUCACGUUUCCCCCAACUUACUCCUCAAAGUCAGAAUUCACAGUAGAGCCAAUCACAAUACAGGGUUGGGGCCCUCCUGCCAUUGCAGGGAAUGUCUAGCUGACUUGGUCACCACUAGAGGCGGGACUGAGACACAACUAUUGCUCCUCCCACUAGUCAUAACCGCAGGAACCCCGCCUCCUUCUUGCCAUAGUGUUGCUGCCUAAAUAAAUUUAUGUUUAGAGACUGGGCCAAUCACAAUUGGUAAUUUGUCUCUCCCCGAGGAAAUCUGUUACUUGCAACAUGGAGCAGCGCCCCCUAGUUUUCUUAUUGUGUGUUUUAUAUAUUAAAUCUAUUAAAUGAUAA